GAUGGUUAGAUAAUUUAAUGUCUAUUUUGGAAUCUUUUUUCAUAUUUUAUCUUGCUGGUCCAGUUGCAAUAGCAUUGGGUAAAAUUCUAUUACAAACAACUCCUGAAGUAGCAUAUAGAAGUUUAGAUGAAUGUAUGCGCGAGAUCCAGCUUGAUCCAACAAUUUUAUCUUUAACUGCUACCCAUUUUUGGCAAAAUUCUUAUGGACAAGUGGUCGGUACAUUAUGUGUACACGUCAACCAAGAUGCUAAUGAACAAGUUGUCUUGUCAAAUGUAUACAAUAGAUUAAGUCCAUUGUUUAUAAAUAAUGAUGACGUCG